CAAAAACUAAGGUGUUUUCAGAGGGUUUUGGCGAUCGGAGAGCGAGAGAGAAAGAGAGAUAGAGAGAGAAAAUGGGUAGCGUUUGAAAGAGUUUUCCUGGAAAAUAUGGGAUAGUAAAGGGGGGAAAGUCUUGUGUGAUUGGAAAGAAAAUUCUCAUUUGCUUAAUUAAUUCUCCGACAAUUCGCCGAUCUUACAUUCGCCUGAAAAUUCUUACAGUUUCGCCGGAAUUCGUUUAUUCGAGAAAAAGUUUUGUGCUUUGAAGGAAAAUGGUUGUCUAGAGGUUUUAUUUUUGGGUGCUGCGAGCUUGAACAACUGGUGAAAUGCAUAUUUGUUGAGAAUGGAUCCAAGAAUGCUGGUUUUUUGUGUUUGAUACAUCCUUCUUUGGUAUGAUUUCUGAGAUAUGGUGUUGCAGAAGAGGUUAGACUUUGGAUUCAAUGGCUAUCAGGUGCCUCCCAUGCCUCGAGCUACGAGAUCAGCUAGGAGGAGGCGUACGUUUAGAAAGAGAGCCGAAGACAAUCAAAUGUGUGCAUUUGACUUAUUGGCCACCGUAGCUGGCAAGAUAUUGCUUGAGAGAGAGAGUUCGCCCUCUUCUACAAAUGCAUCAAAUGAAAAAGAUCGGUCUAUAUGUGUUAAACAAGUAUUGAAGAACGAUGACAAACCAGUAAAAAUUGAAUCUUGUUAUCAAGGAAGUAUUGAUACGAGAGUAUUAGUUUCUGAGCUUGUCCAGCAAGCUGAUUCCAAGGAAUCCCCACUCCCUCAGAAUGACGGCCAUUCAGGAUUUGCUUCUGUAAUAACUACUGAUUGCUCAGAGAUUUUUGUUGAUGAGAAGUUGGUGAACGGAGAAAACAAGAAUGAAAUGGGAAGUUUUGCUAGCAAAGUAGAUUUAGGCUUCUCUGGUUACAGGGAGUCUGGUGAUUGUAAAUUAGAUUGUGAAACUAAAAUAAUCAUUAAAGAUGAGCUGCAAAAGACUGGAAAGGUACCUGAUGGCACUGGGACUGGUAUGUGCAGUUUGGAGGAUCCGGGGGUUUGGGAUGGGAAACCUUCUGCUCUAGUCAGUUCAGAUAGUAGUGUUAAGGUGCAUUUGUGUGGGGAUCGCAUUCCCCUUAGCUCCUUUCCCGCCAGUCGGGAUGAUGUAAAAAUAGUUAGUAGAGAUGAUGACGAAAACUCCUCUGGGUGCACUCACCCUAGCAUUGUAAGAAAGUCCAGUAGGUCAGUAUCACGCAUUGGUGACCGAAGAAUAAGGAAGAUUUUGGCUUCUAGGUAUUGGAAAGUAUCUCCGAAAUUGAAGGAUGAGACGCACUCUAAUGCUGAUGGGGAUUUCAAGUCCAUUUGGCGCAAUAGGAAGGGAUGUUACAGACGCCAAAGAUCCCAAAUGAAUAUUCCUUUUAAAAAGAGGAAAAUUUUUGGGCGUAGCUCAUUUUCAAAUUCUGAUCGAUGGGUUAGUUGUGAGGGCAAAUCUGAUUUACCUGAGAAGGGCAUCAAUGGAGAUUCUUCUGGUUCAUGCAUGAAGACGCGCGGUGCCUCAGGGACAUCAUCCUCAGUAGUAGGUCAACACACAUCAAUUCAGUCUAGGGAUUCUUACGUGAAGCUUAGGAUCAAUUCUUUCAGGGUUCCAGAGCUUUUAAUUGAGAUGCCAGAAACUGCAACUGUUGGUUCUUUGAAGAGGACUGUUAUGGAGGCAAUGACUACCAUACUUGGAGGUGGAUUACGUGUUGGUGUAGUUCUUCAGGGAAAGAAGGUUAGAGAUGACAAUAAAACUCUGUCGCAGACAGGAAUUUCUCAUGAUUACCCUCUGGAUGCUUUGGGCUUUAGCCUGGAGCCUAAUCCUUCAAAAAAGCCGCCACCUUUAUGCCCCAGAGAUUCUCCGUCUAUGCUUCCUUGUGACACGCCGCUGCCUUUAACAAGCUAUCCACCAGAUUCGACUGUAGUUCAUCAGGGCACUUGCCAUACCUCUCCUGAGCCUCACAUGGCCAAUUUAGGCAACUUCAUUGAAAGUGAUCAUGAUUCAGCACCUUCUCCUGCCGACACUUCGGUUGACAAAAGCACAACAGAGUGCAAAGCUCUGGUUGCUGUACCUGAAUUGAAUGUCGAGGCAUUAGCUGUGGUUCCAGUUCACCGGAAAUUGAAGCGGUCUGAGAUGGCACAGCGUCGAAUCCGUAGACCCUUCUCUGUAACUGAAGUGGAAGCACUGGUUCAAGCAGUUGAGAAACUUGGAACUGGAAGGUGGCGUGAUGUUAAAAUGCGAGCUUUUGAUAAUGCAAAACAUCGAACUUAUGUGGAUUUGAAGGAUAAGUGGAAAACCCUGGUGCACACGGCAAGAAUAUCCCCCCAGCAAAGGAGGGGAGAGCCUGUUCCCCAGGAGCUCUUGGACAGAGUCUUAGCUGCCCACGCUUACUGGUCCAAGCAGCAAGCCAAACAACAGCUUAAACAGCAACCAGAGACUUGCCUUCUCUCCUCUGAAAAGUAUUGAAAGAGAGCUGCAAGCACAUACGUGGAAGAAACAUAGAACAUGAUGGGUUUUAGAGGAAUGUGUAGGUGUCUAAUUGUUCUUUUUUUUUUUUUUUCUUUUUUUCCCAUUUUGUUAUGAUUAUGUAAAAAAGUAAUGACAAGAAAAUAGAAAGUCCGAAGAAGAAAUGUAUGUAAUAUUUGUCGCUCUCGCCAUGGUUCUUUUCCUACUUGGAGGCUCUGGCUCUUGUAAAUGGUUUAAGGAAAUAAGAGCUUGCUAACCGAAUUCAUUUGACGCCAA